AUGGUGCCGACGCCGAGCCCGACGUGGAGCCCGACGUCCGCGGCUGCGUCAUCCCCGACGGCGUCGUCCGCCACGGGCGACCCGCACCUGCAGAACAUGUUCGGUCAGCGGUUCGACUUGGCGAGGCCGGGCAUCUCUGUCUUGGUCCGCGUUCCACGCGGAAUGCCCGUCGAGGACGCGUUGCUUGUUGUCAAGGCGGAUGCGCGUCGAUUGGGGGCACGUUGCUCGGACAUAUACUUCCAGGAUAUCAACGUCACAGGGACGUGGGCGCACAAGGCGCAGCCUGGAGGCUUCCGCUUCGACGCACGCGGCGCUCGCGCCGAGAACGAGAAGCCGAGGUGGCUGAGGCUCGGGCCUGUGGAGCUCAAAGCCGGCAGCGGGCACACCGACAAGGGGCAGCAUUAUCUGAACGUCUAUGUCAAGAACCUUCAGCGUGUCGGGUUUCUUGUCGGAGGGCUGCUGGGAGAGGAUGACCACGCGGAGGCGGCGGCGCCUGAGGAAAGGUGCCAGAAGAUCCUGUCCAUGGAGGCAUAUGCAUAUGGUCAGCUUCAACAAGGCUCCGUCGCAAUCGGCUACUGA